GCAUAGGUGUUAUAAAAAGAUUGGUGAUCGGAAUGUGAUUUGCUUAUAGUUUUGAAAUAAAUUAAAUACAAAAACAUUUAAAUAGUUAAUAUAUUGUUUUCGUAAUGGCUUCCCUCAAUAAUGAGGAAUUAUUAAUAACAUUUGAGGAACUGACACAAUUGGAAACUGCAGACAUUUCUGCGUGCAUUGAACGAUACCAGGCUUUGAAAAUUUGUGAAAAGAGUUCCGCGCCCGCCGAAGAUAUUUACAAUCUAUGGGUUAGGAAACUUUUUAAGGCCUACGAAACUUCAGAAUAUACAAAUGAAAACUGGAUCGAGAUAAUUGGAUUUUUGGAAAAAUUACUAGAAAAUUUUAUUCAAAAUGUUACUUCUUCGAAAUCAGAUACAAGAUCCAAACAGCUUCAUCAAUGGUGGAAAGAUACACACGAGUUUCUUCAGUGGUUACAAACAACUAUUGGAAAUUUAGAAAUACAUAUUCUGUGCCUUAUCUUAGCAUUUGGCUUUGAAAUUGUUAUUCAAACCAGUCGGUUUGCAGAAAAAGGAAAUAUGCAACCUCUCACUGUUAUUCAUCAAAAUGUGCUACAAAUAUUAAGUAAAUCCAUACACAAAAUGGAAAUACAGAGAUCAGAAGAUAUCCAUGGAUUGAAUAAAGUUCUGAAAUCACUUUGUGAUGUGGCUUCUGCAAUGUCAUUCGCAGACAUUAAACUUUCCAUUGAAACAUGGCGAAUUGUGGCAAAGAUUUCGAGCAAAUGUUCUGAGGCACCAAUGGAACUAGAUAUAGAAUUAAAGAAUUCAUUGAAUGACUUAAAGCGUAAUUCUACAGAGAAACCAAUAUUUGGUAUUACUGAAGAAUUACGAAAACUUUUUAAAUAUUUUCAAGAAGAUAAAUCUGCCCUCAAUAAUGAUAACUUUCUGAAAGUUGCCCAAUUUUAUUUGAAACUAAUUAAAUUAAUUUCAAAAAAUUGCCCCAAAUUGCCAAUGGCUGCGGAAUAUUUUGAAGUCUAUUCAAUGUUUAUACACCACUUGAAGAAGGAUGUUAAAAGCAACCUACUAGAUGCCAUUCAAUCAGAUUUAAAUGAUAUUUUGGCUAUGGUUGAUCAAAGGGAAAUAAUAGAAAAACAUUUAUGUCAGCAUCUCAUAGAGGAUAAUAAGAUAUUUUCUAGUUGUGAUUUAGUAUUGGAAUAUUUGUCUAUUAGCUGUAAAGCCAAUAAAAACUAUUUACCAGAUACAACGCUCUGCAAACGAAUAUUCGACAUAGUGUUUGAAGGUCCUUUGUUUUUUGUUGAUUGUGAAAGAUUUUUCAAAAUUCUAAUACAUUUUGCAACAUUGACCGCCCAAGAUGCUACCGGUGAGCUGCAUUUGCAAUGGUGCAAACAUGUCGUGGAGUCGAAGUGGAUAAAAUCAUACACAUCUUGUGAAAUUUUACGCAUUUAUUAUGGUUACCUCUUUAAAAACUCAGAUGCUCAUUUGAGUUCCUGCCUAUUAUUCUGGACCAAAGCAUGGCAAAGGUAUAAAUCGUAUAGCAACAAAGAAAACGGAAAUUAUCAGAAAUAUUUAAUUGAAAUGAUAAUAAAAACCAUCGCUGCGUACGUUCCACAAAAUACCAUUGAACAAUAUUUUGUGAAUUGUCCAAACAAGGAUAUAAUACUUCUAAAAUGUGGUGUUGACAACAUGAGAUUGCUCAACCAUCUAAAUAGCAAGCUAACCAGUUAUUUGAAACGUAUUCAGAAUAGUAUGCUAUUGAAAAGGGAAUACAAUGAGCUUCUUCACUUAUUGGACAUUUGGUGCCGACAUGAGCAAUUUGUAAUGGUUGGCGUUGUAAAGGACGAUCUGAUAAAGGCAUUCACACACAUUUUUUCUCUAUCUUCUUUGGAAGUAAAUAAAUUUAAGAUAUUCAUAUGGAAAUGUUUUCAAAUUUUUAAGAUUUUAAAUGAUACACACUUGGAUAGAUCUGUAAUGAAAUGUCUCGGCGAAAAUACAAACAAAACUAAAGUCGUUUUGGGUGUUUAUAUGCUAGAGUAUUUACUGCAUAAAAGACCACAAAGUGAUAGUUUGUUAAAAUCAUUGCAAAGCCCAAAUUUAAUGAAAAUACAGAAAUUUUUGGAAACUCCCAAAACUUGUGAAAUCAAUAAUUUACAUAUAUUUAAGAAUGUAAACAAUGAAAAUAAUACACCCACAGCAAAUGAAUAUCAAGAAGUUCAUAUUAGCAAAAGGCCUCGUGUAAUUACCGACAAUUCUUAUGCUGGUGAUUAUAAAUUUAUUUUAAAUGAAAUCUUGGAACAUUCACAAAAACUUACCAAAUCUGCGGUGGCAUUUGAUGAUAAAGAUAUGGAAUUAUUAAAUUGUAUAAAACACAAUAUUGACAAAUGUUUAUUAAAAUAACAAUACAACAAACUUGUUUUCCUUUCUAUUUUAGUAUAUACAUCCGUUUUUAAAUUAUACUUAAAUAAAUAGCUUAAAUAAGUAACUUAUGAACUAAAGUCUUAUAUCCUUCUAUAGAUUUUAGUAUAGAUUUUAAUUUUAAAUAUUAACAAGUUUUUUUUUUUGACAUUUGCAUACCAGGCAAGACAUGGAUAAUUAUUUCACUAAUAGUUUGCUAAUACAUUUUCAUUAUUGACUUUCAAUAAUGCCUAUUGUAACAUUUUUCAUUUGCAUUACACUAAGGAUACGCUCAUAAACUCGACUCUCUUCCUCUUCUUGCAUUAGAAUACCUGAAACGGAAAAAAAUAUUAAUUAAAAAUAUAAUUAAAUUAUAAUUAAAGUAUUUAAUUUAAAUAUCUCAAUUCUGAAAAAAUUCCAUAAACAACAAAUCUGAGGGACAAAAAAUGUAGUCCUGAGGUACUAAAGAUUUUUUUAUAGAAAAGAUAGAGAGUUCAGAGGAAUUGAAAUUUUUCUAUAGUUAGAGCACGGUUCUGAAUGAUUCAGCCACGACAGACCAAAAAUGUGCUUCUGUGGAAACAUCUCAUCUCCCUAAGGAACAAAAUUUGUUUUUCUGUAGAAAAUUUAUUUUUCUUUGGAGAGGUGUUGACGUUUUUCUACAGAAAAACAAACUCAGUCCUGAGUCUCUGAAUUUGUUUUUAAUUGUAAUAGUUUGUCCUGAGUUCUAUACAAUUACUUAGUUUAAGGAGUUUCAAAUGUUUCCUUUAUUGAUAAUAAUUUGUAAUGAAUAAAAUUGUACUUUUUUACUUUGGGAAAAAAUGUUGUCCCCUGAGACUGAAAA